GGAGGAUCCCCACACUUGGUCCCCUCUUCCUGCCUAAAACUUUCUAAUGAAAUCCUUAAACACUUUUUGACAAACAUUAUUUUUUUCCUUCAGGGGUCAAGAGGGUUUCGACAUAUUAAUCUGCGUUUUUAUUGAAAAAAGAACUUCAGAACAUGGAGCCCAGUUCCACAGAGGGAGGAGCUGAGGAGACGCUCAUUAAAAAUAAUCCAACAAAUCCACCUCACAAAGUGAUACUCAAACAUGGCCAAGAGUUGGAGGAAGAGCAGGAAGAAUUGGCCGAGCACCAGCCUCUGGAACAGGAAGACCUGAACUUUGAGAGAUGGAAGCGCAGGCCUUUACCCAAGAGGACCCUGCACCAGAAAAUAGAUGACUUGAAGACGUACCUUUGGAAUGCAGAGACCAACGAAUUCAUGGGUCGCUCUGGAAAGAGCUGGAGCCUCAUCCUUCUCUUCUAUGCUGCACUUUAUACGUUUCUCGCAGCCAUGUUUGGCGGCUGUAUGUUUUGCCUUAUGUGGUCUAUUAGUCCCUACCAUCCGACCUUCAAUGACAGAGUGAUGCCACCAGGUAUGACGAUGGCUCCACACCUAGAGGGCCAAGAGAUCGCCUUCAACGCCUCUGAUCGUAAAUCCUGGAAGAAGUAUGCAAGGUCUAUGGAUGAAUAUCUAAGACCAUACAACGAUGGCGCUCAGGACAAGAAGAACAUUCGCUGCACGCAGGACAGGUACUUCAUGCAGGAUGAUUUGGAGGAGAGUGCAGAGAGGAAGGCGUGUCAAUUUAAGAGGUCCUGGUUGGGGGACUGUUCGGGUCUGCAGGACCCCCACUAUGGCUAUUCUCAGGGAAGGCCAUGUGUCCUCCUUCGGAUGAACCGGAUUAUUGGUUACCUCCCUGGCCAAGGCAAAGCAGUAAAUGUGACUUGUGGAGUUAAGAAAGGACCACCAGAAGCCUUGGGAGAAAUCCAGUUUUUUCCUAAGAGCAUUUUUGACCUGAAGUACUUUCCAUACUAUGGCAAGCUUAGACAUGUAAACUACUCUUCACCGGUGAUGGCCGUGCGUUUUGCAGGAGUGCAGUACGACACUCACAUCCAAAUACAAUGCAAAUUGAACGGGAAGGGUAUCAUUAAUGAUUCACCCACUGACCGCUACCUGGGCAGUGUGACCUUCUCCUUGGAUGUCGGAGCGUAAGGCAAAGAUAACGCUGCCAGCAGGAUGCUCCUGUGACAAUGAGGCAGGAAAAUGUACAACUAUUAUUUUACAUGAAAUAUGUAUUAUAUUUCCCUCUCCUCAUCUUUCACCUAAAUAUCCACGUCUUCUGCUGAGAAACAAAUUCCUCAAGAAGUAGACAUUUACUCUUGUGUUUCUGUUGUAUCUUUGUACCUUGAGUGCUUCUGGCACUUGCGUCCACAACAAACAGUGCUGAGCACAUGAGCGAGUACGUAGAGUGAGUUACAAUUCAGUUCCUGAUAUGUUGUAAUGAUUAGCAAGAUUAAUCAAACUAAAUUACACUCUGCCCAAUAGUUAGUCUUUCUGGCUAUGCAAAUCCAAUUAUGACUUAAAACAUUAAUAGGUGAUUAGAAAUGUUGUUUUGUCAGCUUAGAAAAUGGUUUUCUGUGAACAUUUUUGUGUGACCAAGUGUACUAAUUUUUUUUGCAUUAUAUUUUUCAAACAUGUAUAUUUUAAGAAUUCAAAGAACUAUAAUGCAAACACUGAAAGCAGGACUUGUACUGUACUUACACAGUAAAAAAAAAGACAUAAUAAACGACUGCAAAUACACUAUUGCUAUAUUUUUGUUGAAUAGAGCAGAAUUAUACAUUUAUGAUAAAGCAUCACAAGCCACUUCUUGUAUCCUUUUAUAAAACAUUUGCUUUUGAGAAUGAAAUACUACACAAGACUGAUCAAUAAAGAGACAUACUGUACUGUGAAAUAGUUUGUGAAAGGUCUGUACCAUUUUAAAAAAGCGUAACUAUUUUGUGAAAGCAUUAAUCAUCCUGCCUGAACUGUGCUACUAAACUUGGUAUCAUUUGUUGUAUUUAUUCCUAUUAUAGUUCUUAUAAUAAAUACAAUG